UCCCUUCCUUCCUCGCCCAUCGCUUUCGCGCCAAAAAGUGGAGAAGCCAAAUCCAAGCCUCGCACGCAGCAGCCCCUCUGCCUCCUCCCUCUCUCAUGCUCAUCCAUCUCCGGCGCUAUAUAUAUCUAUACCGACAGCCGGGACGCCGAUCGAGUCACCAACAAGAGUAGUAGUCGGAGCCGUCCGUAGUAGCUAGCGUACGUACGUGUGAGUUUGUGACCAAUUCAGAGAAGCCUCGAUCAUCGUUCGCUUCGCUUCGCUUGUGUGUCGAUAUAUAUGGCGAGAUCGCCGUUUGUUCCGAUGGAUCAGGGGAAAGAGCAAGGCGCCGGACGAGGAGCGGCCGGCAAUAAUAAGGAGCGGCAGGAGGAGGAGGUGCUGCUGGUGCACAGCCAGGUGCGGCGGAUCAAGAAGGAGGACGAGGAGGCCUUCAGGGAGCGCCUCCUGAAGCUGCGCCUGCUGGAGACCCGGCCCAACACCGGCGCCGGCGGCGUGGCCUGGCGAGCCCCGCGCUCCCUGUCGCCGCUCCGCCGUGCCGGCAGCGCCAUCAUCCCGGUCCCGGUGAGCGAGUGACUAGUAGCGAGCAUCCGUCGACACGCGGUUCUCUCGGCUGCCCGCGCGCCCGCCGCCGGUUGUAGAUAUCGCUAGGCGCGUACGUAGCGAGCGUGACCAGUGUUCUUGGGGGGUGUUAGUGAGUGAGCCUGCCCGUGCUUUGCGCCUGCGCGCGCGGACAUGGGAUCGGAGCUUGGUAGACGACGACGGUAUAUAGUAGGUAGCAUCGCCAUGUGUACGUACUGCGUGGUUCCUGGUACAGUAGCAUAGCAUGCUCUGUUUCUGUAUCCUGCUGUGCUCUUCUUCUUGGUGGUGGUGGUGUGUAUGUAUAUAUAAAUAUAUGUUUACGAUGAGUUAUGAGAGGGAGUUUAUUACCUGCUUA